AUGAAGAUGCAGCUUAUAACGUCGAUGACGAUGAUGAGGAAAGAGGAUGAUGAAGCAUCUUAUAAUUUCGACGACGAUGGCAAAGAAAGAGAUAAUGAAGAUGAUGAUGAAGCUUAUAACAUUGAUGACAAUGAUGAAGAAGAUGAUGAAGCAGCUUAUAACUUUGAUGACGAUGGUGAAGAAAGAGAUAAUGAAGAGGAUGAAGCUUAUCACAUCAAUGACGAUGAUGAAGACGAUGAUGAAGCAUCUUAUAACGUUGAUGACGAUGAUGAAGAAAUAUCUGAAGUGGAUGACGAUACUGAGAUUGUGACUGAUCAUGACGAAGAAAUAAAUGAAGAGGGUGGAAGUGAUUCAGAACAUUUACAAGAUGACAAUGCAUACCCAAAAUGGAAAGAGCCAUGCAAAAAUGAUGUUCACAUUAACACAUUGAUCCAAUUGAUCAUGUUUGAAUCAUCGAAUAUAUAA